CAACAACAGCAUGUCCACAAUUGAAUCAUUUCGGUGACAAAGGAAUCAGUGAAACGGAACGAACAAUGAAACGACGGGAAGCUGUAACUGAGGCCAGCGAAGGGCAAGAAAAUCCUUUCGCUGGUCGUGAAUAUAUUAAAAAAAUGCCAUAUUCAUCUGCACAAAAUUUUCUUACUAGUGAUAUUGGACAUGGUUCGCCAGGUAGUCAAGGAUCUUGCGAUGAUAUUGUACCACCUCCAAAAAAUUGUUAUCGUCUUGUUAUGUUAGGCUCGGCACGUGUUGGAAAAACAUGCUUAGUGUCACGUUUUCUUGGUGGAAAGUUUGAAGAGAGCUAUACACCAACGAUUGAAGAUUUUCAUAGGAAACUAUAUCGGAUACGCGGUGAAGUUUAUCAAUUAGAUUUACUAGAUACAUCUGGUAAUCAUCCGUUUCCUGCAAUGCGACGUCUAUCAUUUCUAACUGGCGACAUGUUUGUAAUAGUGUUUAGUAUGGAUUGUCGAGAAUCAUGGGAAGAAGCAAUACAUUUACGUGAACAAAUUUUAGAAACUAAAUUAAGUGCGACAGCUUCGACAGGAAGCAGUGGUUGGGGUGUUAGUGGUUUAACGGGUGCUGCGCGAAAACGAACUGUCCCCAGAGUGCCAAUGGUACUUGCUGGUAACAAAUGUGAUUCAGAUAUCAGAACUGUAACGGCAGAUGAAGCAAGUGCAUAUUGUGCUACCCAAGAUAAUUAUUGUGUCUUUGUUGAAUGUUCAGCGAAAAAAAAUUUGCAUAUAGAUGACGUCUUUUACGAGCUUUUUCUUGUAGCAAAUUUACCGUUAGAAAUGGCACCAAAUCAUCAUAAGCGUAUAAGCGUUGGAUUUGGGGCGCCAUGUCCACUUCCACCAUCAGUACCAACUCACCCAUCAAAAAAGUAUACGUUAAGUAUAAAACGACGUUUAAGUGAUGCUUGUGGUGUAGUUGCACCAAAUGUUCGACGACCUAGUAUCCGUACAGACCUAAUGAUAAUGCGAACAAAGACUUGUAGUUUAGGUGAUGCGGAUGGUUCAAGCACAAACAGAGGGCAAUCGUGGUCAAGAUGUGCUAUUCAAUAAAUCAAAAUUUUGUGUGAAAUCUAAACACUUUAAAUCGUUUUAUAUUUCCGAUGUGUUUUUGCAUAAAUUCUAAAUGUCGCUGAUGUGUGUGUAAAAAUUCAUUUCUGAUUGCGAUUAAA